CCGCUGGAGCCGGAGACGCUGCGGGAGCUGUAGCUGAGAGAGACAGGCAUGGCGAUAUCAGCACCACCAAACUUGUAUAAAAGGACCCAGAAUCCCCAGAUUUGCACCAGAAGCAUCACAUCUCUCUUGUUGUGAACAUAUCUCAUCUUCUCCUCACAGACAUGCCAGGGAAGGUUAUUGUGCUGUUUGCAUUGUUGGCUGCACUGCUAGUGCCCAGUGUAGCCUCCUCACCCAUGUCCUCAGCAGCUGGAGAGUCAAAAGAGACUAAUCUACUACAGCAGCUUCUGGCCAAGAGAGAGAGAGUGAGCGGCUCAGCCAGCAGACAGGAGCCGGCGCCUCAGGCCGUCCCUGAUCGGAUGACGAGACAGACACACCUAUCAGAGGACGAACGAGAGAUUAUGACCAAACAAAUAAUGCAAGCAAUUUCAGAGAUGAUGAACUCUGAGUGCAUGUCAUCUCAGGACUACCAGGGCUGGGUGGACUUUGGACGCAGAGAUGCAGAAUGA